GGCGCGCGGACCCCGCACCCGGCCCGGCUGCGCCCCGCCAUGAGCGCCAGCGAGGUCAAGAGCGAGGUCAAGGAGUACCUGGCCCGCAGGGACAUCCCGCAGCUUUUCGAGAGUCUUUUGAAUGGCUUGAUGUGUUCUAAGCCUGAAGACCCCAUAGAGUACUUGGAAAGCUGUUUACAGAAAGUCAAGGAGCUAGGAGGCUGUGACAAGGUGAAGUGGGACACAUUUGUCAGCCAGGAAAAGAAGACCUUGCCACCCCUGAAUGGAGGACAGUCGCGGAGGUCCUUCCUGAGAAAUGUAAUGCCUGAAAACUCGAACUUUCCCUAUCGACGGUAUGACCGUCUACCUCCCAUCCACCAGUUCUCCAUUGAGAGCGACACGGACCUGUCUGAGACAGCAGAGCUCAUCGAGGAGUAUGAGGUGUUUGAUCCUUCUCGACCUCGCCCCAAGAUCGUUCUUGUCAUAGGCGGUCCAGGAAGCGGGAAGGGCACUCAAAGCCUGAAGAUCGCGGAGCGCUAUGGGUUCCAGUACAUCUCAGUGGGAGAGCUACUGCGGAAGAAGAUCCACAGCACCAGCAGCAACAGGAAGUGGAGCCUCAUCGCCAAGAUAAUCACCAACGGGGAACUGGCUCCACAGGAGACGACAAUCACUGAGAUAAAACAAAAAUUGAUGCAGAUACCCGACGAAGACGGCAUCGUCAUUGAUGGAUUCCCGAGAGAUGUUGCCCAGGCUCUGUCCUUCGAAGACCAAAUCUGCACUCCUGACUUGGUGGUGUUCCUGGCUUGCUCCAACCAGAGGCUCAAGGAGAGACUGCUUAAGCGUGCAGAGCAGCAGGGGCGGCCCGACGACAAUGUAAAAGCCACCCAAAGGAGGCUCGUGAACUUCAAGCAGAACGCCACUCCGCUGGUGAAAUACUUCCAGGAGAAAGGCCUCAUCGUGAUUUUCGAUGCUGACCGGAAUGAGGAUGCAGUGUUCCAUGACAUCAGCGUGGCAGUGGACAACAGGUUGUUUCCAAACAAAGAGCUGAGAUCAGGUUCAAGUGACCUUGACCCUUCGAUGAUGUUCGAUGCUGGGGAGAUCGUCGACACAGGAUCUGAUUAUGAAGAUCAGGGUGAUGAUGACCAGCUAAAUGUUUUCGGAGAGGACACCGUGGGAGGCUCCAUGGAAGAUCUGAGGAAAUGUAAAAUUAUUUUCAUGAUGGGUGGGCCUGGGUCUGGCAAAGGCACGCAAUGUGAGAGGCUGGCAGAAAAAUACGGAUUUACCCACCUCUCCACCAGUGAGCUCCUGCGCCAGGAGCUGGCCUCAGAAUCGGAAAGAAGCAAGCUGAUCCGAGACAUCAUGGAGCGUGGAGACCCGGUGCCCUCGGGUGUCCUUCUGGAGCUGCUGAAGGAGGCCAUGGUGGCCAGCCUGGGCCACACCGAGGGCUUCCUGAUUGAUGGCUACCCCCGGGAGGUGAAGCAAGGGGAAGAGUUCGGGCGCAGGAUUGGAGACCCACAUUUGGUAAUCUGCAUGGACUGCUCUGUAGACACCAUGACCAACCGUCUUCUCCAGCGUGGCCAGGCCAGCCAACGCCCAGAGGACACCACCCAGACCAUCGCCAAGCGCCUGGAGGCCUACCACCGGGCGACCAUUCCCAUCAUCGCCUACUAUGAGACGAGAACACAGCUCCGCAAGAUCAAUGCAGAAGGGGCACCAGAUGAAGUUCUCCUUCAGCUCUGUGCAGCUAUUGACUCUGUUUUCUGAAUCCUGACAUGGCUGUUUCCCAGCUUGACUGUGAGGAGUCUCUGGAAAUCACGCAUGGUGUUUGGAACGACUGACCUUUUCUUCCUCCUUCAGACAGCUGCCCUCACUGCAGUGCGCUCACUUCUCGGUGGCGAGGCCGCGCCCCAGAGCAGUGCGGAUGGGCACAGCAGUGCAGGACCAGCAUGCCCCAGUCACCCCACAUCACCCCUCUCCUCCCCAAGAUUUAUCUGCUUUGCCCUGUACAGGUCAACAUGGGGUGUCUGGUAUACUGGCUCUGUUCUCCAACUGCUCCCACUAGGGGCUCCGGGCCAGAGUGCUGACUAGACAAUGCCUCACACAGACCCCAAGGCAAGUAAGUCUUGAAGUUGUGCAAGUGAAAUUGUCCAGGUUCUAGAAGAUGGUAAAACUGGGCAGUGGUCACCAACAUUCUCAAAUGCUGGGCCAUUGGCUACUUGGGACGGGGUCACAAUGGCGACCUCCUCUGAUCAAUGGACAGCCCACGCGCCCCUCCACGUAGGGGCGUUUCAGCAGCCACAAGCAUUGGUGUUGGCAAGAGGAAGUAACUUACAAGCACAAAGUGAGGUUACUUCACUGGACAAAGCCAUCUUACUUACCACUCUGCCCUCAAAGGGUCACCCACUGUCACACUGCCAGUACAGGAGUGUCGCCACCAGUGGAUGCAGAGAAGGCACGCUGCCUGGCAGGUGCUCUGUGGAUCCCAUUGUGUUCGCCUCCUGUGAGCCCUUCCCAGUGUUAACUGUGCACCAAACCAGGGAAGCCUGGUUCCCUUUGCGCUGAGUUGUCAAGUCAGAGGUCUGUGUUCGUAAACCGCUCCCUCGCUCAGAAAGACCACCGUUCCCAUUUGCAUGAUUCUUUUCUUCAAUGAUUGAUUGUGCAAAUAAGGACUUAUUUCCAGGACAAAGCUGUAUUUUUGAAGUCAUUUUCCCCCCUUGAAAUGGAUAUGUACAAAUAAAAUAAAUGGAAAACAGGA